UCUGCUCCGCACUCGGAACCGCCACCAUGGCUGCCUACAAGCUGGUGCUGAUCCGACACAGCGAGAGCGCGUGGAACCUGGAGAACCGCUUCAGCGGCUGGUACGACGCGGACCUGAGCCCGGCUGGGCACGAGGAGGCGAAGCGCGGCGGGCAGUCGCUGCGAGAUGCCGGCUACGAGUUUGACAUCUGCUUCACCUCAGUGCAGAAGAGAGCAAUUCGAACGCUCUGGACUGUGCUGGAUGCCAUUGACCAGAUGUGGCUGCCUGUAGUGAGGACCUGGCGUCUCAAUGAGCGGCACUAUGGGGGUCUGACUGGUCUUAACAAAGCAGAAACUGCUGCCAAGCAUGGCGAGGCCCAGGUAAAGAUCUGGAGGCGCUCUUACGAUAUCCCACCACCACCGAUGGAGCCCGACCAUCCCUUCUACAGCAAUAUCAGUAAGGUAUGUACAAACUGAGGUUUGGGUCACUCA